ACAACAUCUAUCAGGAUUCAGACUCAGAUCUGUACUUACUGAGUAUAUUCGUACAUUGCACCAUCUCCUCGAAAAGAUACCUCGAGUGCAGGUUAGAGACCAGGUUUUCCCACCCAAAGCUGCUCUGAACCGAUAGCUCACUCGAACGUUGGCACCUGCUCUCGAAAGAAUUAUGGGCAAAUUUCAGCUGCCGCUUUUGGCCUCGCUGGUGCUUCUGGCCAUCGCCGGUGCAAGGUGCAGUGAUCCUGAGCUCACCACGGACUUCGCUGUUCCGGACGGUGUCGAUGCGUCUAAGCUAGAUGGCAACUUCUUCACGUACACUGGCUUCAGAGGCGGCGUCUCUACAGCACCGGGGGAGACGGGCUCCAAAAGAGCAACAGUCGUGGAGUUUCCUGCUCUCGAUGGGCUCGGCAUUUCUUUCUUCUUGAUGUACUUCCAGCCAGGCGCUGUUCUCCCACCCCAUCUUCAUCCUCGUGGAUCCAAGCUCAUUUACAUGAUCCAGGGAUCGCUGACGGUAGGAUUCACCGAUAACAACAACAAGCUCUACAACCAAACUCUUCAGGAAGGUGACUUGUUCGUGGUUCCCAAGGCCUUGGUGCAUUACAUGGCCAAUCUGGACAGUGACAAGGAGACAAAGGUCAUUUUCUCCUUCAGCAGCUCGAACCCUGGUUCUAUUCAACUGCCAAUAAACCUGUUCGGUUCGAACAUUCCGAGCAAGGUUCUUGAGAAAUCUUUCGGAGUUUCUAGUCGAGUGAUCAGCCAGCUUCAGUCUCCUCACAAGGUAAAGGGGGGUCACUGAUUUCGUUCUUAGAGGUAUGACUAGCAACAGAACGAGCAGGAGUUGCUGAUUCACAAGAGGGCUUCGUGUCAAGACAACAUCAAUCGGUCAACGAAGGCAGGAACAAGGAAGCCAGUCUUCACUUCCACAUCCUCGAUGUCAUUACUCAGGAUCAACGAUUACUCGCUGAUAUAGUGAUGUUUCUAGGACACCAUCAUAUUCAAAAUCCUUACGCCAGCAAUUACCAGACUCAUUGUUGCGAUCCUACUUUCGAGAUCCACUUGUAUGGCAAUUUGUCUAGUUUCACUGCAGUGAAGAGACUCGGUACUAUCUUUUAAUAUUAACUAGAAAUUGGAAUAAGCACACCGUAGGUAAAGAAGCUUUGAUAUCCUGGAAGUUCUGAGCGUUGAACUAGUACCCAUGCAUGAGCGUCACAUCUGAUGCUGAAGGUUUAGGAAGCUAUUAUGUUUUGCUAAAUGUACUCGUUCAUUAUAAAAUUGCGCGUCGAGAGAUCGGGACGAAUUCAAGUUUUAUAUAUCUGAUAUAUAACAUUCAAAAAGUCCAUGUGUGAGAUCGGUAGACUUACGAAUUAGAGCCUAUAUACCAAUGUGCGCAGUUUUUGAUUUAUGGCAAAGCCAGCCACAUAAUGCUGGGUUCAUGGUACUUAGUGACGAGUUCAAUGGCCAAUUUAUUGUUUGUUUGUUUGUUCUUCAGUCUUCAGUUUUCUGCCAUGGAGGAUGCAGGCAGAUUUUGACGCAGCAAAAGCCACGAUCGUCAAUACAUCAUUGGACAUGAGCAGAAGAAAAUUGUUUACGUGAACCAUUCAUUCGUUUAUUGAGAAACAACUCGCUGCUGUGUGAUUCUGUUUCGGGGCUUCUUGCUCGUUAACUUACCUGUUUGUCUGUCUGCCUCUGUCUGUCUGUCUCUCACUCACUCACUCUCAACCGAGUUCCAAUUUCCAGGAUUUAUAUACAAGAAAAUGUAGUCCAAGAUAAUAAGGAAAAGGGAACGAUGCACUAUUCAAGAGCUGUGA